UGCGUCCACCAUCGUUACCCGAGUGCUUGUGUGUUAUGUUCGGGUGCGUGUGAUUGUGCGUGUGUGCAAAGCUAUAUUCCCUGCCAUAUUUCGUCGCUCUAGUAUCGAGCGUUGCUUCACAGAUCGCCCAUCGUCCGUGUGGCACCAUGAAUUUCGGAAAGCUGCUCAACGUCGCCGAGAAAAACCGCUCGGCUUCCGCGGUCGAGAAGUCUGUGAAGCGGUACAGCACAGAGGUGGCACCAGCCAAGAAGGCGCCACGCAGCAAUGUCCAGUCGGCCGCCAUCAGGGCAUUCCUUCAGCGGAAGGAAGAAGAGGAGCGCAGAAGACAGAUUGAGGAACAGAAGAAAAAGGAGAAGCUUCUUGAGCUGCGGGCUCAGAAUUCCAAGUCUAACAAGCGUGCCAAGGUGAUGGCCUCGCGCACCAAGGACAACAACUUUGGUCGCAUCCGUCUGACGGAGGACGAGGAAGAGGCGCGGCGCAAGCGGGAGGAGGAGCUCCGGCGCAAGAUGCUCACCGACAAGGUGGAGCGCAUGAAAGCGCGCAUCAAGCUCCAGCAGGAAGAGGAGGCCUUGCCGCACAAGCGCAAGCGGAAGCGGCGCAACUCUCAGGGGGAGAUCAUCAGCGAGCCUGAGAAGCAGGAACCGCCAGAACGCAAGCCACGCAAGCGCAAGUACGAGCUGUACACGGGCGAGCAAUCGGACGAGGAGAAGAAGAAGCCGCCGCCGCCCAAGCCAGCCCCACGGCCCGCCCCCAUCGUGGACUACCACACGCUACUCCAGCUGGCCAACGCGAAGCAGCACGAGCCGGUCGUCAUCGAGCGACUGGCACCCAACCGUUCUGACGAGUCGCGGCCGCUCACCAAGCAGGAGAAGGAGCGACGCCUCGAGGAGGAGCUGCACCGAAAGGGCGUCAAGUUGCCAUCCAAGUUCCCGCCCGCCAAGCGGAAAGAUGGGACGGACAAAAAGGCACCAACUCCAGCAGUCAACGGCAAGCGCCCGGCAGUCCCCGACAAGGCACAGAAGUCCGAGCGCGGCGAGCGUCACACGGAGGAGCGGCAUAAGCCGGAGCGGGGCGAACGUCACACGGAGGAGCGGCAUAAGCUGGAGCGGGGCGAACGUCACACGGAGGAGCGGCAAAAGCCGGAGCGGAGUGAGCGUCACACGGAGGAGCGGCUGAAGUUGGAGCGCAGGGAGCGCCUCAUGGAGGAGCGGCAGAAGUCCGAGCGCGAGCGUCUCAUGGAGGAGCGGCAACGGCUAAUGGAGGAGGAAGAGCGUGAGCUGCAGGAGAUGGAGCAGCGACUGGCCGAGCGACGAAAGGAGAUCGCCCGCAAGCAGCAAGAGCUUGAGGAGAAGGAGGCGAGAGCGUCCGCCGCAAAGCGACCGCCCGAGAAGACAGCCCCACCGAAGAAGCCCUCCAGCCAGCCAGCAGGGCGCCCCAUUUCCAGUGGGGGAGAGAGGAGAGACCGAGAGGGUGCACCACCCUCGGUCAAGAAGCCAUCUGGGAGCAGCAUGGCCAACGACCGAAGACCAAAAGUCUCGUCCGAGGCAUCUGCGCACAAUCGACCGUCGUCUUCAUUGCUUUCCAAAAAGCCAUCAUUGUCUUCAUCAUCAUCAUCUAGAGAUGCACUGAAGAAUGGCAGCCGAGCACCGGAUGCCCGUUCUUCGGUCUCCAAGAAGCCGGCCUCCUCGUCGAAGUCGAGAGUCGAAGAUGAGGCGGACGAAGGAGACACCUUCUACGCAUACUCGCACAAGCCCAAGGCUCCGCUGCCCAAGGGCUCCUCUUCAGCAUCAUCAUCAUCGCAGUUGUCGAAGAAGCCAUCGUCAUCUUCCAGCGCAGCCGAUGUCAAACGCAGCUCCUCGGGUUCCACCUCCCACAGCCACAAGUCGUCGCACAGCAGGGACGACAGUCGCACAUCAACGCACAAGUCGGCCGUUCCAAGCCGUGCACGAGAGGAGGCGCGUCGGAAAGGCGAGGAGAAGUCGGCGAGUAACUCACGGCUGAGCGAGGAGGAGCUGGCACGGCGCAAGGAGCAGGCGUUGCGCAUCAAGCGCCAGCUGGAGGAGAAGCGCAAAGAGACGACGCAGCCCGCGCCAAAGACCAAGAAGCUGGAGGAACAGUACGAGGACCUCUACCGGCGGCUGCAGGGCGUCCAGUACAUAGAUUCCGAAGAAGAGGAAGACGAGUACGAGGAUGAAGAAGAUGAGAUGGAUGACUUUAUCGAUGACACACCGCAAGAUAUCGACUACUCCAAGCAUAUCCGUGAGAUCUUUGGCUACGAUAAAAACAUGUUUGAGGAUGAUGAAGACGAUGAAGCCAUGGAGUCAAGCUACGCAGAACAGAUGAAGGAGGAAGUUCGAAGUGCAAGAAUCGGACUCAAGGAGGAUCUCGAGGACAUGAGGCGCGAGGAAGAAGAGCUGCGGCAGAAGCAGAUGCGCAAACUACAGAUGAUGCGCAAGAUGCACCGCAAGUUGUAGAGCCCCCACGCUAAUGGCAUGCUGGACUCUGUGACUAAAGUGGUGUAAAGAAAUGGCCGAGGAACUGUGACCAUCCCUCAGAGAAGUGUUCACGUUGUGCUUGCCUCUGCAGUGGAAAGUGUCUCUUUGAUGCCAUCUGCGUGCUACAGCAGUGACCACUAUUUGAUGCCGUUGCAUUCGCACUGCACUUAAUGCAGUUGUUGCAGCCCAACCUGCAUCUUUGCGCCCUGCUGGGAGUUCAGGUGAAGUUUUUUUUUCCUGGGGAGUUUUGCUUGGAAAUGGUGCUGUUGAUGCCAGCUAAAGCAGCAGUCACUACUGGCUCCCAUUGGAACUGGAUUGAAGGACGCACAUUUGAAAAGGACGUGUUUCUGGGUGAAACCUAGAAUUUGGGACUGUAGCCAAACAAUGUAAUGCAAGCCUCACCGAGUGCUAUAACUGCCCUGUGGCGUAUUGUGUGUAUCUGCAUCUCUGUUGAGUUGCCCCUUGCAUCUGAAAGCCGUUAUUGGCACAUACUGCCUGUCGCACAAUGCUUGCAUGCGAAUGUGUGCUGCCUCUCCCUACAAGUGAGAACACAAUAAUCUUAAUCGUUGUGGAUAUGUUCUGGGAGCAACCCACAAGCUUGCUGGCUUGCAUGGAGCUUGCAUGAUACCGAAGCUGUAGGCGGGCACUUCAGCAGGCCCAAGUAACAACCUCAAAUGGGCAAACUCGUUCUUCCCACCUGCUGCUGCUGUCGGCUGUUUUACUGCUACGCUUUCAACUGCUCAAGUGUUGCAUCACUGCUCGCUGAUUGGCUUGGGCACUGGUGCGAGUUUUGAAUGGUGCCCUCCAGUGUUUGCUGCAGACGAACAUGGCUGUCUUUGUGCAUGGCUUGUGUUGUUGGAGAGCUUACUGCACUGAAAGCUUGUGUUUGGUUUGCGACUUAAAUUCUGUAGUAGAUGGCAGGGUGCUUCACCUGAUAAUGGCUACUACCAUGUCUCAUUUCUUUUGGGGGGGGUACCUGUGCUGUGACAUAAAAGCUUUCUCUGUUCCCCAUGAAGUCCCUUGCCUUUGCACUGCAUGUUGCCCCUGUUACGUGCUCACAGAUCUGCACUUGCUUCGCCAUUGUGCAUUACAGCUUGUGGGGAGGGGUUGUAUAUCAGCAACAAAGUCAAGGAAAAGUGGGCUUUGGUGUCUUAUUCUACGGUGAAACAGUGUUGUCGUUCUGUGACACCCUUCACUGUCAACGUAAUGCACUGUGGCAAAGCAAAUUGUCAAGGAGGCUGUUGUCUCGGGCCUCUUGUAUGUUGAAUGAUGCUGUAAUGUGUAGUAGGAUGAAGAGAGGUUGGCUGGGCUUUGCAGUUUGUGAAGUCUGUGCUCCGUAUAUGUGUGAGUGUCGAUGGGAGGCUGCAAUCGACCCUUGGGGCGUCAUAUUGACUGCCCCUUGGGUCUAACAAAAAAAAUUAAUAAAAUAUUUUUGACAAAGUA